UAAAACUAAGAGAGCAAAAAGAUUUCUUGAGAAGAGAGAACCCAAACUUAAAGAAAAUACAAAAAAUGCUAUGCUUAUAAAAGGAGGCAAUGCAAACUUAACAGUGACUGAAGUGCUUAAAGACAUCUAUGCUGUGAAGAAGCCUUUUGCUGUGCUGUAUAAAAAGAAAAAUAUUACUAGGCCUUUUGAGGAUCAAACGUCAUUGGAAUUUUUUUCCAAGAAAUCAGAUUGUUCUUUGUUUCUGUUUGGCUCUCAUAACAAGAAGCGACCUAACAACCUGAUAAUAGGACGCAUGUUUGACUAUCAUGUCCUAGACAUGAUUGAGCUAGGCAUUGAGAAGUUUGUAUCCCUAAAAGAUGUCAAGAACAGUAAAUGUCCUGAAGGAACAAAACCUAUGUUGAUAUUUGCUGGUGACAUGUUUGAUGUAAAUGAAGAAUACAGAAGACUGAAAAGCCUUCUUAUUGGUCAGUAUUUUGAUUAUCUGAGCA